CUAUUACGACCUUCGUCACUGCAUAAAAAAAAAAAAUACAAUACAUAGAUAUGAAAAGAGAAGGAAUUAAAUCGUAUUACCAAGCGAAAAUUGAGGGUUGCGAACUUCUUUUGAACCAAAAGUCUCAAGAUUUGAGACGAUUGGAAGCGCAAAGAAAUGCUUUGAAUGCCAAAGUGCGUCUUUUAAAAGAAGAACUGCAAUUGUUACAAGAGCCCGGAUCGUAUGUGGGUGAAGUCGUCAAAGUGAUGGGCAAAAAGAAAGUGCUUGUCAAGGUUCAUCCUGAAGGCAAAUUCGUAGUUGACAUUGCUUCGGAUAUCGACCUCAGUCAACUUACACCCACAACACGUGUUGCGCUCCGUAACGAUUCCUACCAACUUCAUAAAGUAUUACCCAACAAGAUUGACCCUCUCGUAUCACUCAUGAUGGUCGAAAAAGUACCCGAUUCUACUUACGAAAUGGUGGGUGGUUUAGAUCAACAAAUCAAGGAAAUCAAGGAAGUCAUUGAACUACCCGUGAAACAUCCUGAACUAUUCGAAUCGCUGGGUAUUGCUCAACCCAAGGGUGUAUUGCUGUAUGGUCCUCCUGGUACAGGUAAAACACUAUUAGCAAGAGCCGUCGCCCAUCACACAGAUUGUCGUUUUAUCCGUGUCUCGGGUUCAGAAUUGGUACAAAAAUAUAUCGGUGAAGGUAGUAGAAUGGUGAGAGAACUUUUUGUCAUGGCCAGAGAACACGCUCCCUCUAUUAUCUUUAUGGAUGAAAUCGAUUCGAUCGGCUCAGCUCGUAUGGAAAGCGGUGGAGGAGGAGGAGGAGGAGAUUCUGAAGUACAAAGAACAAUGCUGGAAUUAUUGAAUCAGUUGGAUGGUUUUGAAGCUACAAAGAACAUCAAAGUGAUCAUGGCCACCAACCGUAUAGAUAUUCUGGAUCCUGCAUUACUACGUCCGGGACGUAUUGAUCGUAAAAUUGAAUUCCCUCCACCAAGUGAAGAAGCUCGUGCUGAUAUUUUAAAGAUUCACUCACGUAAAAUGAACUUGACCCGUGGUAUCAACCUUCGUAAAAUUGCAGAAAAAAUGAGUGGAAGUAGCGGUGCUGAAGUGAAAGCAGUUUGCACGGAAGCGGGUAUGUUUGCUUUACGUGAACGUCGUGUUCAUGUGACUCAAGAAGAUUUCGAAAUGUCUGUGGCCAAGGUGAUGAAGAAGGAUUCAGAUGCAAACACCAGUUUGAAGAAGCUUUGGAAGUAAGAAAGAUGUCAAAUAAAACAGUUUUUCUACAACUUGCAAGCAUGAAAGGAUAUACUAUCAAUAACUAUCAUAAUAAUCAUCUUUAAAGAAAAGAGGGGAGG